CCUACUCGGCAGAUCAUGGAAAGUAGGCCCACGCAGUUGUCAAAAACGCACACGGGAUGACCUUAAUAUGAGUUAUGUACAUACGGUCGCCACAAAAAGACACGAAUCAACAGGACUCGAUAUAGAAUAAUCGACUGUAUAAAGGUUGGUAGACGUUACGAAUAGCCUAUUCUUAUUUAUUUUUCCAUGAAUGUUACAUGGUUUCUGUUUUACGCGUUUGCGAAUCUCAAUUAAGAUCUAAAUGGAUUUCAAAACUAAAGGAACAAUCGCACAAGGCACCAGACACAAGGACAUCAAGUAAAAUCCAGGUCUAUGUUACGUUAUGUAAGGAACUGCAGGCUAUUUGACAUUUUCUCACUGAAUCUCACAGCCUGACCAACCCGUCCAGUCUCGAAGGAAACAGCAGCCUUCACUCUCUCUCUCCCUGUGAUCACUGGGAAUGGUGGACGCACAGAUGCUCACCUGGCCCAUGAGUCUCGGACGCGGCCCUGUGGAGUGGUGCGAACGCACCGACAGCUGUCACGUGUUUGACAUGAAAGCCCUGUCCACCUUCCACUACCCAAGCCCUCCCAGCGAUGAGAGCAGCGUCAGUACUGACCACUCGCAAGAGUGCCCCCCCACAAAGCAUCCCCACGAGUCUCCAGGAGAGAGGACCUUCACAAUGCUCAGCGAGGACGCCAUAAAGGUUGAACCCAGGUCACCGUCAGAGCUCUCGGAACCAAACUACUCUUAUUUCAAGCUGCACACUGACGUUACGUCUGCCCUGGUGAACCUCGAGUGUAGAGUGUGCGGAGACAGGGCUUCAGGCUACCACUAUGGGGUUCAUGCUUGUGACCUACAGUGUCGUGUUCAAAAGAAAAGCCGAAACAAGUGUCAGUAUUGCCGGUUUCAAAAGUGUCUUUUAGUAGGCAUGUCCCACAAUGCCAUUCGUUUUGGUCGAAUGCCCCAGACUGUGAGAGAGAAACUUCUGGGUGAAAUUGCCAGGGAAAUGGAGCAGCUAGACAGGGAAGCAGCUGAGAUGAGAUCAUUGGCCAAACAGCUGUAUGAUUCCUAUAUCAAACACUUCCCACUACCCAAGAGCAAAGCCAAGGCUAUCCUCUCAGGAAAGACCAGCACCUCUGAGCCUUUUGUCAUCCACGACAUGAAUUCCCUCAUGACUGGGCAGCAGUUCAUGAACUGCAGACAGCUGCCCCAGCACAGCCCCGAGGUCAACAUGUUCCUGGGGCCCGCCGCUGACGAGCUGACGCUCUUCCGCCGGGUACAAAUCCGCUCGGCCGAGAGCAUCCGCGAGAUCACCGACUUCGCCAAGAGCAUCCCGGGCUUCGUGAACCUGGACCUGAACGACCAGAUCACGCUGCUGAAGUACGGCGCCAUGGAGGUGCUGCUCAUCCUGUGGGCGCCGCUCAUGAACAAGGACGGCACGCUGUGCUCCUACGGACAGAUCUUCAUGACGCGCGAGUUCCUGCGCAGCCUGCGCGAGCCCUUCUGCGGGAUCCUGGAGCCCAAGUUCGACUUCGCCAUCAAGUUCAACAUGCUGGAUCUGGACGACAGUGACCUCGCCCUCUUCAUCGCUGUCAUCAUCCUCUGUGGAGACCGGCCGGGCCUGGUGAACGUGAAGUCCGUGGAGGAUCUGCAGGAGAGGAUUCUGCAGGUGCUGGAGUUCCACCUGAAGACGGUGCAUCCUGACCAUCCGCAGCUCUUCGCCAAGCUCCUGCAGAAGAUGACCGACCUGCAGCCACUGGUGGCCGACCACGUCCGCCAGAUCCACCUGCUCAAGAAGACGGAACUGGACAUGUGUCUGCACCCCCUGCUAGGGGAGAUCAUGAGGGACCUCUACUAGUGCGGACAACUGAUGCAACUGACUACUUCUAUUCCCCCCCCAUCUCUAAAUUAUAUGUGUCCUAAAUCUUUAUUUAUCCCUAAAUACACGACUAAUGGAACAUCUAAAUGUUUUAACUUAAAAUACAUUAUGUGUGACAGGCUCCUGGUGAUGCUCAAGGGACAGAAAUACAGUUUGAUGUUUUGGGGAAAUUAUUGUAAUUCUUCACUUCAUUUUGUUCAUAUUGUUGCGGUUGUCAGGUCAACCACUGUAUUUGUAAUGGACUUGAAGGCCACUAGAGGGCACCCUAUUCUUCAUGACAUACAGGUUGAAUGUGCCCUUUGCCUUGUGUAAGUAUAUUAGAUACUGUACCUCUGAAAAUGUCUUGCCUCUGGUCUACAUAUCAGAAAAUAUUAAUGCAUUUCAUAACGGAAACGGAUGCACGGAAACAAGCACGAUUGCUUUAUUUAAUGAGACGCUAAGCCAGUGUGGAUAUUUUAAUCAUUCAGAGACAUCUCUUCCGUAGUGUGGAGGAAGUAUUUCAAGCCUGAGUGUUUGCAGUGGUAACUGUUUGACUGGCCUGAUCUGAUGUGAGGAACAAUAUUCUGCCUUACCAUCGGUUUCGUAAUGACAUGGCAUGUGUGUCAUUUAUGGUCAGGGUGUGUAAUGAGGCCAUAUACCAUCACAAAGACACAGAGAGCAGAAAAUAGACACCAAGGACCACAACGAGAGAAUUAUACGUAUGGAGAAAGUACUGGGUCAGCAGACUCUCAUGACCUAACUUUUUUUUGUCCAUUCUGUUUGUGUAUGGGUUCUUUUUUUUUUAUUUACCACGUUAACCAUAAUGGCAAAUUAAAGGAGACCUUUCCCAAGCUAUUUAUACAACA